UACUGAAUGGGUUCUUUAGUUCUGUAUACACUAUGGAAAAAGGAGCUGACAUUGGCCAGGUCAGUGCUGGUAACACAUCAUGUACAGGUCAGUGCUGGUAACACAUCAUGUACAGGUCAGUGCUGGUAACACAUCAUGUACAGGUCAGUGCUGGUAACACAUCAUGUACAGGUCAGUGCUGGUAACACAUCAUGUAAUGUACUGAACUGGCUUAAUGUAGAGAUGGUACAAGGUAAGUUAAGUAAAGUAAAUGUAAGCAAAUCUCCAGGGCCGGAUGGACUACACCCAAGAGUUCUUAGAGAGGUAAGUUCAGUAAUAUCUGUACCCCUGUUCAUGAUAUUUAGAGAUUCUCUGGUGUCUGGUAUUGUGCCAAGGGACUGGCGCAAGGCUAAUGUGGUACCAAUCUUCAAGAAGGGCUCUAGGUCUUCGCCAGGCAAUUAUAGACCGGUGAGGUCUCCAGAACUGACCCCAUUAGGACAUCGCUGUCUAUUAUUCAGUGGAGGAGUUGGAGGACACAAGGAUCUGUACCAGGACAUAGUCAUGAUGGAGGAUCACCGGCCCCUCACAUCACAAGAUGGAGUCAUUGAUAGAAAUCCACCCGAGAGGUGUCCCUGCCCUCUGUAUUCCCAGGACUGUCCAGAGGGAAAUGUCCCAGAGAAGCAUCAGGUUGAAGAUCAGAUUAAUAUUAAGGUUGAGGUUAAAGAUGAACCAGAAGAGGAGACGGAUUGUUGGUCCGAUCACCCGUGUAUGAGGGAAGGGAAGGAGGAAAUUCCAGGAGGUGUUACCCCAGAUGGCGUCAUUGAUAGAAAUCCACCCGAGAGGUGUCCCUGUCCUCUGUAUUCCCAGGACUGUCCAGAGGGAAAUGUCCCAGAGAAGCGUCAGGGUGAAGAUCUGAUGGAUAUUAAGGUUGAGGUUAAAGAUGAACCAGAAGAGGAGACGGAUUUCGGGGCCGAUCAGCAGUAUGAAGAAGAGAGGAUGAGGGGCCAGCACCCGUGUAUGACAGAAGUAAAGGAGGAAAUUCCAGGAGGUGUUACCCCAGAAAAUCCCAGUAAGAAUUCUGAGGGAAACUUCAUGUUAUCCCUGAAUGAUAAAGGAGAAUAUGAAGAUAUGAUGGAGCGCUCCUCAGGAGAAGACCUCCUUACCCCUAAUGUCCAUCCAGAUCUAUCCUAUAAUAAUCCACCUGAUCAUGAGGAACCUUCUCCUGACCAACCACACAUUGUUACCACAAGGACAGAUCAGGGACAUGGGAAAGGUUUAUAUUGUGAGGAAUGUGGGAAAGAAUUUACAAAAAGAUCAGAACUUGUCACACACAGAAAAAGUCACAUAAGAAAGAAGCAGUAUGUGUGUUCAGAAUGUGGGAAAUCCUGUAAAAGUCCAUCACAUCUUGUUGUACAUGAGAGAAUUCAUACGGGAGAGAAACCAUAUUCAUGCUCAGAAUGUAGUAAAUGUUUUGCACAUAAAUCAACUCUUAUUAUACAUGAGAGAAGUCACACAGGAGAGAAGCCAUAUUCAUGUUCAGAAUGUGGGAAAUGUUUUAUAAGCAAGUCAGAGCUUGUUAUACAUGAGAGAAGUCACACAGGAGAGAAACCAUAUUCAUGCUCAGAAUGUGGUAAAUGUUUUGCACAUAAAUCAACUCUUAUUAUACAUGAGAGAAGUCACACAGGAGAGAAGCCAUAUUUAUGUUCAAAAUGUGGGAAAUGUUUUAUAGGACAAUCACAACUUUCUGGACAUGAGAGAAUUCAUACAGGAGAGAAGCCAUAUUCAUGUUCAGAAUGUGGCAAAUGUUUUAUAAGCAAGUCAGAGCUUGUUAUACAUGAGAGAAUUCAUACGGGAGAGAAGCCAUAUUCAUGCUCAGAAUGUGGUAAAUGUUUUGCACAAAAAUCAUAUCUUGUUUUACAUGAGAGAAGUCACACAGGAGAGAAGCCAUAUUCAUGUUCAGAAUGUGGGAAAUGUUAUACAAAUAAAACAAAUCUUUCAAUCCAUGAGAGAAUUCACACAGGGGAGAAGCCAUAUCCAUGUUCAGAAUGUGGUAAAUGUUUUAAACAAAAAUCAUAUCUUGUUCUACAUGAGAGAAUUCACACAGGAGAGAAGCCAUAUUCAUGUUCAGAAUGUGGAAAAUGUUUUAUACGUAAAUCACAACUUUCUGUACAUGAGAGAAGUCACACUGGAGUCUGAUAGAUGAAAUAAUAAAUAAUGAAUAUAUAAUAAUAUGGAGAAUGGAAAUAUGAGAUCUCAGGUAGAG